CCGUGACAGACGGGGAGGAGCGAGGAGGAAGACUUGCCAGACAAGAUCCAAACCCAAUGUGACCUUCAUUUUUCUAACAAGGUGAUUUUGAAACUCUGAGUAGAGGACUCUUAGCCUGAGCUCUUGAGCUACUUGGUACAGGAAUUUGAAGAUGCAGCAAGCCUGAUAGUGAGGACAGAAGAAUCUCCUUAAAGAAGUUGGACAAUCUGAAAUAUUGACCAUGUCUAUUAUGGAUCAUAGCCCCACCACUGGAGUGGUGACUGUUAUUGUUAUUCUGAUUGCUAUUGCAGCUCUUGGUGCCUUGAUACUGGGCUGCUGGUGUUACCUGCGUCUGCAGAGGAUCAGCCAGUCUGAAGAUGAGGAAAGCAUCGUGGGUGAAGGAGAAACCAAAGAGCCCUUUCUUCUGGUGCAGUACUCUGCUAAAGGACCUUGUGUAGAGAGGAAAGCUAAGCUAACUCCAAAUGGCACAGAAGUACAUAGCUAACUUGGAACAACACAUCUCUAUGGACUAUGCUUAUGAUGUGUGUAACCAGCAGAAGAAUCUCUAUACUGUGAAGAACCUGGUCACAUGCACAUGACUCAUCAGAAAACACCCUGAUGAGGAUGAAAUAAGCUUUGUUUGCAACUGCAUGCACUGAGAAGCUGCACUUUGCAUCAACUGCGUAUCCUAAUUCCUCUGUAACAGGAGCUGACCUACCUGGCAUAACGUCCAUUGCCGGCAAUGGACACAGGGAUAUAUCAGUGUGAAGAGACUACUAGUGUUCUUUGUUACUUGAAUGUUUAGCUGAGCCUAUUUUGAUGGAGCUACUACUGCAAUGUGAACUACUUGACAACUGUGAACUGUAAAUAGGCUGCCAGAAGCUUUUUGCUUUGUGUUCCACAGCAUAUGGGAAUAAUAUGAUGCAACUGUAUGUACACACAAGGGGACUCCUGAACCACAACUGUAGAUGGGAUUCCAGAUGUUCAAAACAAAAUCUGCAGUUAAAGUUUGCUUCUGCUACUAACUUGAAUGCACAGCUGUAAAGUCAGAACUCCUACUCCUAAUGGUUUAUUGGACUGAUGCAGAAUACUUUCUUUGAAAAGAAGGUAUAAGCCUUCAGUAACAUGUUGAGGGAGGAAACACAGGAGCUACAAGAAAGUAAUUGAUUUCCUUUAGCUGCAGUUAGGUUAAGCUUUUGGCUGCUAGAAUAGAGUUCUCUAAGUAUGUAGCUACUGCAAGGAAACUGCCAUUUUGAUGGAUUCCAACCUGGGAACUUAUGAUGGAUACUGAACCCUCAGGGAUGGUCCAGAAGGUUUUCCAGGAGUUUGAAAUGGCAGCAGAGCAGGCUUCUCUCUUCUGUAGGUCUGCAUGCUGAAACUGCAGAAGUGGUUACUUAUUAAAAAAACUGGCAUAAGUACAACUAGUAUGAAUUUUUCCUAGGACUGCUGUUUGUGUACUUGGCAGUUAGUUAGGGCAUAUGUUAACAGCCUGUUGUAAAAAGGCAUUUUAGUCUACAGACAAAUAUUAACUGAAUUCUAUAGUUCACUGUAUCUUGUAGAUAACUCUUGAUUUAACUGUACUACUACAAGAUAAGUUUCAGUCUUUCCUAUGAAAAAAGUUGAUAUGAGGAAGGGAAAUUGUUGGUCAGUUUGUAAAAGUUUUUAGUUAACAAUGGCAAAGUCCUCCUAAAUAAGGACAUUCCUUCAAUUUCCUCCUCAGCUCUAGGAACUGUAAAAAGAUGUGUUUAAAGGGGGAGUU